GUAGCCAACGCCCCGCACACUCACUCUUUCCUUUCGCAGGGACCGAUUCGGACACUCUCAGGAAGUUCAUGAAGAAGCUUGAAGCUGCGUCAGAGUUGACCGAUUAAAUCAAUAACUACGUUUUUAUUUUUGCCACACGGUGCCUUUGAACGGAAUCUUCUUUGUGAACGUUUGCUGAUACGGACACUAGGCUUCCUAAAAAGGCGUUAUUUCAUAGGAAUAACACAGCUGCAGAAUGGCAGAAACUGAGGGAAGUCCGUUCGGAGGCUGUUUGGAGAAAAUGAAGAACUAUGUGCGAACUCGGAAAGGAACGAUCCUGACUGCUGAAAUACUCAUCAGUUUCAUCAUCCUGAUCUGUUAUGCCGCAUCAAUGUAUGGAGGGUACACAGCUGUCGCCAUCUGCGAGAUGGUCUUUGCCAUCAUCUUCUUUGUUAUCUUCAUGAUGGAGCUGGACAAACAGUUCCUGGUGGUGAACUGGCUCUGGAGCGAUCUGUUCCGAGCUAUAAUCGGUGCAGUGCUUUAUCUCAUUACCUCUCUCAUCUGUGUGAUCGGUGGAGGUGGGGAUGGGGCUCGCAUCGCUGGUGGGGUGUUUGGUCUGCUGGCUGGGGUCUUGUUUGCUUAUGAUUCCUACACAAUCUUCUUGGACAUCAAGAGCAGCAGACAACAUACAGCUGCUCCCACAGAUGACACAGUUUGAAAGCUACUUUCCUCACUACAACAUUAACAGCAACCAAAACAUGGAGAACAACUCUAAAAAUGGCAAAAGGAGAGAAUUCCUGCGAGUUAUCGCAAAGUUACCAUGAGAGAUGAAGACCAGAGGAAUGCAAAAGGGAUGAAAACAUUACACAGAAAAGAAGUUUAUGUACAAAAGGGGUUCAAAAGUGAACUGUUAGAUUGUUAAAGAAGCAACCAUAUAUGAAGGAACAGAAAGCUGUUGGCAUCCAAAGAUUCAUUACUGUCAUUUGGUCAGGUGGCUUGUUACCACAAAAUUGUUUAUCAGAUUGGUUGGUUACAAAAGCACAAAAUUUACAACAUUUAGUAGAAGAAAUGGCUAAUAAAAUAGCAGAUAAAUCUGACAACUCCAAAGCAGUUAUCAAGAGUUUCAGUCAGUUGUCUUCUAAUUCUUUACUAGAGAAAGACUAGUUUUGACCCAGUGAUUUUAAGUUAAGUCAUUUUAUUAUUAUUAUAUUGGGUAAUUAUUAUUACUCUGUCUGGUGCUGUUUUUUUCUGAAGAAACAUUAAAGCUUAAGUUUGUUAUGGUGUAAAACUUCACCAUAGCUUGUAACUGUAACUAAAUUCUAAUUAAUUUUUGAUUUGUUCUUGUGUUUUGUGUUAUUUGUAUAAGUUUUUGAUGAUUUCAAACAGGAUUUGGGUCAGUCUAACCAGUUUAUAGAUAUAUAACUCAGGUGCAGUCAAAAAAAAAGUCAGUUUUCAGUAAAUUUAAAGGGAUUUUCUCAUUGUUCAAACUAAAAAAGGAAGGAAUCUCAACCCUAAUAUUUUCUAAGGUGGUACAAAUUUGUACUAUAACAACUUCAGAUGUCCAUGUGUUGGUAAAAUAUGUUAAUUUUUUAUUAAUCUUUCGUACUUAUUGCCAUUUAACCUGUUUUACCUCAAAGGUUGCUCACAUCUUGAUGCCAUAAGAGUUUUUUUUUUUUUUUUUUUAUUCUAUUAAUAAACCAAUUCAUAUAUUAGACAUAUCUUCAUUUACAGCCUCUCUUCCGUUCAACUCUAUUGAGUAAUGUAGACUAAAAAAAAUACUGCCAAAGUUUGUCAUCGUUUCAUCAUUCAAGAUUUGUUGAGAAAAUACCAUGAAUAAAAACUGUUUACUCAACUGUGUAAUAAGAAAUUAUUUUCACAUGCCUUGAAAGAGAUCAAUGAGUAACCGGACCGCCAGCUACUCCAGUUAUUCAAAUGCAGUGUGUCGUCUUCACGCUUAAAUAAGCAGAACUUCUCAACAGAUUCUGAAACAGGAAACUAUCAUUCUGACCUAACACCUGAUUGUUGUAAUGCCAUUUGCACAACAGUUGUAAUUUUACUGUAAAACAUGACAAGCUUGUCUAAGUCAGAAAUUCAUAAAUCUUCUGUUUUAUUAAAAAAAUAAUAAUAAUAAUAAUUUGACCUGUUUUGUUUAGACAAGUGGGUCUUUUUUCUGUUUGGAAACCAUUUAUAACAUGUAUAAAUUGUAAUAAUUUAUAAAUUUGAAUUUGUGAAGACUGUUUGCCUGUUUUGUCCUCUCAUGUCUGUAUUUGUUUUUGCAGCCUCAGCUCUACCCCAAUGAUUACCUGACAGGAUUUAUUUGUGAGAUGGUCAGAAAUGCCAUCAGUCCAGUAAAAAAAAUGAUUAACUCAGGAUGUUCUGGUCGUUUAAAACAGACAUAUUUUCAGACAAACAUUUUUUGCAUGUUUUUGUUUUCAGAAGUACAGCAUGUACAAGUAACUCUGCAGGAUUCAUGUCUCUGUCUAAUUGGUGUUGCUGGUAUUUUUGGAGUUCUUUCGAUAACAUUUAAUAAAAGGCUGUUUUAACGUGUUCUACUUUUAAAAA